AUGUGGACGAACAAAUCAGACAACUGGACUGCCAACAACAAUAAAAUAGGAGCAGUUCAUGAAGACAGGAUUUCCAAAAUCAGCAAACUGUUCACAGCGUUCGACUUUCAAUGGAAAGAAAUCACAUCAGGCAGUUGGGCCCUAGGGGUUGUGUCCAAGGGUCUCUGCAUCCCGCUUCUUCGGGAUCCACCUCUGGCGCGAGAGCCUAUCUUUUUCCCUUCUCCUUCCGAUCCGGGAAAGGUGGAGGCUCUCAGGUCAGAGGUUCAGGCCAUGAUCGCGAAGGGCGCGAUCGAGGAACUUUCACCGGACCAGUGGUCUCCAGGGUUUUACUCCCGGGUCUUCCUCGUGAAGAAGAAGUCCGGUGCCUGGAGGCCUAUUAUCGACCUCAGUACGUUCAACACGUAUGUCGAUUCCCCGCACUUCCAGAUGGAAACGCCACGGCGCAUCAUUGCGUCAGUGCGUCCAGGGAUGUGGGCUACGUCCAUCGAUCUGAAGGAUGCUUACUUUCACAUCCCGGUCAGGAGGUCGGCCAGGAAGUUCCUCAGGUUCACUUUCGAGCAGAAGGUUUACCAGUUUCGCGCUAUGCCCUUCGGCCUCACUACGGCCCCCUUGGUUUUCACCAAGUUGUUGCAGGUAGUAGUGGGGCACCUCCACAGUCUCGGGGUAGAUGCACACAUCUACUUCGACGACUCCCUGUUGCUCCAAGUGGAUCCAGUUAUCCUGUCCCGGAGCACGAGGUCGGUUCUGGGCGUUCUGUGCCGCCUAGGGUUCAUCCCUUCCAGGGAGAAGUCGGAGGUUCUCCCCUCUCAAGAUUUUGUUUUCCUCGGUUAUCGGUUCAGAACCGAUCUGGGGUUUGUCCUUCCACCAGUGUCCAAGUUCGAGAAGGCCUCUCUGUUGGUCUCCGUUCUGGUCGGUGUGGAGCGAAUUCAGGUCCGAUGGUUCCUUCGGUUCCUCGGUUACCUGAAUUCAUUGGCGGAUGUGGUUCCCUUGGGUCGGCUUCACAUCCGUCCGCUCCAGCUGUUCCUUCUGUCAGUUUGGUCUCCGGCGUCUCGACAGUGGGAUGUGUACAUUCCUCUGCCGGAGUCGGUGAAGGAAUCAGCUCGUUGGUGGACUCUCAAGAGCAAUGUCUUGGCAGGAGUUCCUCUGGUUCGGGCAUCUCCUGCUAUGACCCUUUACACCGACGCGUCCAUGACCGGUUGGGGUGCAUACCUUUCCGGUCAGACGUCGGCGGGGGUGUGGUCAGGGGAACAGCUUUCAGAACACAUCAAUGUUCUGGAAAUGCGUGCUGUUCUGUUGGCCCUUCGGGGUCUUCGACCCUCCCUGCAGGGCAAGGCCAUUUGUCUGGCGACAGACAACUCCACUGUGGUGGCUUAUCUGCAGCGCCAGGGGGGCACCCGUUCCCCGGCUCUGUGUGCUUUAUCCACCCAGGUCCUGUUGCUGUGUCAGGAGAUCAGUCUCGAUCUCACGGUGAGGCACCUUCCAGGUCGUCUGAAUGUUCUGGCCGACACUCUGUCUCGGUCUCGGAGCCCGGUUCUCACCGAAUGGACCCUCAAGCGUUCGGUGUUCCGGUCUCUUUGCCUGGUUUGGGACAGACCCCAUGUGGAUCUGUUCGCCACGGCCCUGAACUUUCGGCUCCCUACGUUUGUGUCUCCGGUUCCAGACCCUAUGGCCUUGGCGGUGGAUGCUCUAUCCCAGGACUGGUCGGGAAUGUACGCGUAUGCGUUUCCUCCCUUCAAUCUGGUGGGCAGGGGGUUGGAGAAGAUUCUUCUACACCCUUGUACUGUGUUGCUGGUUGCACCGCUCUGGCCUCGACAACCUUGGUUUCCUCUGUUGCUUCGGCUGUCGGUGGACUUCCCACGCGGCAUCCCACCCCUGUGGGAUCUGCUGUCUCAACCGAGGUCCCGGCAGUUCUACUCGGGACCAGAGCGGCUCCACCUUCACGGUUGGAUGCUUUCUCGGGAAGGCUCACUCAGACGGGCUUUUCUCGAGAUGUUGCCACUCGCAUCGCAGGAUCACUUAGACCUUCGUCUUCCGCCGUCUACCAAUUUCGAUGGUCCGCCUUCGGUGAUUGCUAAGAACCAGGUUCCCGGUUUCACCCCAGGGCUUGUGGUUAUCCCUUCUUUGGCUUCAACUCUGGAUGGGGAUUGUCCUGAUCGCCUGCUCUGCCCAGUUCGGGCCUUGCGUUACUACUUGGCCAGAACAGAGGGGGGGGCGGGACACUCGUCUCGGCUGUUCCAGUCUCUCCAGCCCGGUCGCUCUGAUAUCUCUGCAGCGACCAUCUCACGCUGGAUUGUUCAGACUGUUCGAGCUGCGUAUGAGUCGGCAGGGGAUCAGUCCUUGCGGGUGUCAGGGGUUAGGGCUCAUGAGGUUCGCGCUUUAGCUACUUCGUGGGCCUUAUUUAAUGGUUCUUCUUACGCUGAGGUCAUGACAGCUGCUGUUUGGAGGGGUCAUUCUACGUUUACGGAGUUCUAUCUCCGAUCUUUGUCGGGACAGUCUGACGGAUUGUAUUCUUUGGGCCCUCUUGUGGCUGCCCAGUCCGUUGUCUGUCCUCCCUCUUCUUUUGCAUAA